AUGAAAGCUUCUGAAGAAAAAGAAGAAAAACAGGAUGAAAAGCGACCUAAGCUGGUGUUCCAGGAAUCUUCUUCUCUGUAUCCUAAUCUGAUUGACCUAGAAACCGAGUUGUUCCCACCCCCGUACGUGGAUCCACAUCCGCCCUUGCUUCUACAGGUUCCACAAAUUUCAUCGGGAGAAGCCCAGAGGAGGGCUGAUCCCUCGGCUCCUCCUAGGGAAGGGGGCCCCGCCCAGGGAACUCAGGGAAGAGCAAGGGAAAUGGCCAGCGCAGCGGAAGAAGAAGGCCCGGAAAUUCCCUCCUCCACUGUUCAUGGGUUUCCGGGUCUUAUUGAUCUUUUAGAAUCUAUCCUCUUUACUCACAAUCCCACUUGGGAUGAUUGUCAGCAACUGUUACAGGUACUUUUUACUACAGAAGAGCAUGAACGGAUCCUGUCAGAAGCCCGGAAAAAUGUGCCAGGGGUGGAUGGGAGGCCCACAAUACAGCCUCACCUCAUUGAAGAGGGGUUCCCCUUGGUGCGACCCAACUGGGACUUCGAACGCGCUGAAGGUAGGGAGCAUCUCCGAGUGUACCGUCAGACUCUCAUGGCUGGCCUUAGAGCGGCCGCCAGAAAGCCAACUAAUUUGGCCAAGGUAAAUUCAGUGAGGCAAGAGCCAAAUGAGAGCCCGGCAGCCUUCCUUGAAAGGAUAAUGGAAGCUUUUAGACAGUAUACUCCUAUGGACCCACAGGCAGAUGAGUCUCGAGCAGCAGUUAUGCUAGCAUUUGUGAAUCAGGCAGCCCCCGAUAUUAGGAGAAAGUUACAAAAGAUAGAGAGGUUGGGUGACCAGUCCCUGCAAGAUCUAGUGAGGGCAGCAGAGAGAGUUUUCAAUCAUAGAGAGACCCCAGAGGAGAGAGAGGAUCGCAUUAGAAGGGAAGAAAGAGAAUUUAGAGCUGAAGAAAACCGUAAGAACCAAAAAGAGCUGGCUCAGAUAUUUUUCGCCGGAAUUGAAAACAAAAAUAGGUUCCAAAAAGGGAAAAAGCUAGACUCAAAGACUGAGGAAAAACCUGCAAGGCGCAAGCUUGAAAAAAACCAAUGUGCGUUUUGUAAGGAGAUUGGACAUUGGAAAGAUAAAUGCCCCAAGAAAAACCAAAAAGAGGGGCCCCAAAAUCCCAAGAACGAGACUCCCUCUCCUGACAGUCAUAUCCUCUACGCGGGUGAGGAUAGUGACUAGGAGGGUCAGGGCUAGACGCCCCUCCCCGAGUCCUGGGUAACUAUAAAUGUGGAGGGGAAACCGGUUGGCUUCAUGGUGGAUACGGGAGCUCAAUACUCAGUCUUAAACCAAAGAGAUGGACCCAUUUCUAAGAAAAGUAGCUGGGUGCAGGGAGCAACCGGGACUAAGCGAUAUGGAUGGACUACAAAACGGCAUGUGAACUUGGGGACCCGCCAAGUGACCCAUUCCUUUCUGGUGAUACCUGAGUGUCCAGCGCCCUUGCUGGAAAGAGAUUUACUGUCUAAAGUAAAUGCCCAAAUUCAUUUCGACCACGGGCAAGUGUCAGUUUUAGAUGGAACCAGGCAUCCUCUUCAGGUCUUGUCUCUGGCAUUAAAGGAUGAAUACAGACUGUACUUGCCAGAGGCCCCAGCGACAAUAAGUCCCGAAGUACAGCCAUGGGUUCAGAGAUACCCUCAGGCCUGGGCUGAAACAGCAGGAAUGGGACUGGCCAAACAGAGGCCCCCUAUUAUUGUGGAACUGAAAGCCAGUGCCACACUGGUGAGAGUGCGGCAGUAUCCCAUGAGUCAAGAGGCUCGGCAAGGAAUUACUCCUCACAUACAAUGCCUCAUAGAUGCUGGGGUCUUGAGAAAGUGCCGGUCCCCAUGGAACACUCCCCUGCUUCCCUUAAAGAAGCUUGGGGGAACUGAUUUUAGACUGGUUCAAGACCUGCGAGAAGUCAACAAACGGGUGAGUAAUAUUCAUCCUACGGUUCCUAACCCUUAUACAUUGCUAAGCAGCUUGCCACCAAGCUACGUUUGGUAUACUGUUUUAGAUUUAAAAGAUGCCUUUUUCAGCCUGCCUCUUGCCCUUGCAAGCCAAGAGAUUUUCGCCUUUGAAUGGCAGGAAGACGGUGGUCAGACUCCUGUGCAGCUGACGUGGACUCGCUUACCACAGGGUUUCAAAAACUCACCCACGUUGUUUAACGAGGCCUUGGAUGAAGACCUCGGUGAGUAUCGGGUUGAACACCCUACCAUUGUUUUAUUACAAUAUGUUGAUGACCUUAUGCUGGCAGCGACUACGGAAAAAGAGUGCCAAGAGGCAACAGGUGACCUUCUCCAAACCUUGGGGACUUUAGGUUACAGGGCCAGUGCCAAAAAGGCCCAGAUUGCCAAGCAAGAGGUUACAUACCUCGGUUAUAAGAUAAAACAGGGCCAGAGGUGGCUAACACAGGCUAUGAAAGAAACCAUCCUCCAGAUCCCUGAGCCGGCCAACCCUAGACAAGUGAGAGAAUUUCUGGGAACUGUGGGAUAUUGCCGAUUAUGGAUCUUGGGGUUUGCAGAAAAGGCCAGGCCCCUGCAUGAAGGGACCAAAGAAAACAAAGACUGGAAAUGGACUGAGUCAAUGAGAACGGCCUUUCAGGAGCUCAGGCGUGCCUUGCUGGAAGCUCCUGCCCUUGCCCUUCCUGACCCAUCUAAGCCUUUCCAAUUAUUUAUAGAUGAAAGGCGAGGGAUAGGAAAAGGGGUACUAACACAGAAGUGGGGACCUUGGAAGCGUCCCAUAGCUUACCUUUCCAAGAAAUUGGACCCAGUGGCAGCCGGAUGGCCACCUUGCCUCUGAAUCAUUGCGGCCACCGCGCUCCUAGUCCAUGAUGCUGAUAAACUGACUUAUGGACAGAGACUCUUGGUCUACACUCCUCAUGCUAUAGAGAGAGUUCUGAAACAACCCCCGGGGAAAUGGAUUUCCAAUGCCCGCUUGACACACUACCAGGCCCUGCUACUUGACACCUCACGGAUUCAUUUUCAAAUGCCCUGCACUCUAAACCCGGCUACUCUUUUGCCCAAUCCGGAGGGGGAUAGCCCCCUCCACGAUUGCGAUGAGAUACUGGCCGGGGUAACGGCAAUACGGAAGGACUUAACAGAUACGCCACUGGAUAACAGUGAGCUAAUAUGGUUUACAGAUGGAAGCAGUUAUGUAAAAGAUGGACAGAGACGGGUGGGGGCCGCAGUGGUAGAUGAUUCUGGACAGACGAUAUGGGUGGAGACUCUUUCCCCAGACACCUCAGCACAAAGAGCAGACUUUAUUGCCCUGAUUCAAGCAUUAGAGAGAGCUAAAGGAAAAAGAAUAACUGUUUUUACUGACAGUCGCUAUGCUUUUGGCAUGGUACACAUCCAGGGCCCGAUAUAUCGGGAACGGGGGUUUUUGACAGCUGAAGGAAAAGAGAUUAAAAACUUGCCAGAAAUCCAUCGACUUCUGGAGGCUGUGCAGUUGCCUCGGGCUGUGUCAAUAGUACAUGUACCUGGACAUCAAAAAGGGGACAGCCCCACGGCACGAGGAAAUCGUGCCGCAGAUCUGGCGGCUCGAAAAGCGGCUAAUGAAGAUUUCAUCGCUCCAGUGUUGGCAUUGAUACUCCCUGCUCAGUUGGGACAGCAACUGUGUGAGCAUCUACACUCGUCUACUCAUCUGGGAGAGAAAAAGACUCUGAUGCUUUUUCAAACUGCGCGCCUGCAAUUCCUCUGGCACCAAACAACUGUGAAGAACAUAGUACAUGUUUGUAAGGCAUGUCAACAGAUGAGGCCAGGAAAGAGGCAACACGCAGGACUGAGGUAUCGGGGAGAAGGGCCAGGGCAGCACUGGGAAAUAGAUUUCACCGAGGUGAGGCCAGGCAAGUAUGGUUACCGGUACUUGUUAGUGUUGGUAGAUACGUUCUCAGGGUGGGUAGAAGCUUUUCCUACUAAGGGAGAAACUGCAAUGGUAGUGGCUAAAAAGAUUUUAGAAGAAAUAGUUCCCAGGUUUGGCCUGCCGGUGACUAUUGGUUCUGAUAAUGGAUCUGCUUUUGUGAGCCAAAUAGUUCAGAACCUUGCCCGGGCUCUAGGGACCAAAUGGAAAUUACAUUGCGAAUACAGCCCACAGAGCUCGGGGCAAGUUGAAAGAAUGAAUCGGACCCUAAAAGAAACUUUAACUAAAUUGGCUAUAGAGACUGGUGGGGACUGGGUGACUCUCCUUCCCUUCGCCCUUUUUCGGGCACGUAAUACUCCUUAUCAGCUUAAUCUGACCCCAUUUGAAAUUCUGCAUGGGCGACCUCCCCCUGUAUGUCCAAUAUUUGAAGGAAAGAAACUUCCACCUCCUACUUUGGGCCAAUUCCAGGAGGCUUUGAUGGCUUUGGGCAAAGUGCAUUCUCGCGUCUGGAAACUUCUCCGGGAAAUACAUGAGGGUCAAAACAAGGGGACUAUCCCCUCACAUAACAUCAGCCCCAGAGAUUGGGUGUGGGUCAAAAGGCACCACACCAAGGCACUAGAACCUAAAUGGAAGGGUCCUUAUGUUGUUCUUCUUACCACCCCAACUGCCCUAAAGGUCGAUGGUAUCGGGCCUUGGGUGCAUUGCAACCACGUAAGCCCAGCCACUUCAGCAGAGCAGGAAGACGUCCAUGCAACUCUCUACCCGACAACCUCCCUACCUACAUCCCAGGGACCAACAAAAGACCCAGAGGCGGGCCCCCUUGCUAAACUUGGACAAACAGGUCCACUAUGGAAAUUAGUAAAGGCAGCUUAUGCUACCUUAAAUCAAACCCAUCCUGAGGCAACUAAAUCCUGUUGGUUAUGUUACAACUUAAUUCCCCCUUAUUACAAGGCAGUAGGCCUCAACGCCUCUUACGACCUGGCCAACGGCACCGAUCCUCCCCAAUGUCGAUGGGGAGAAAGAAAAGUAGGCCUUACAAUGAGAGAAGUGUGGGGAAAGGGACUAUGUAUGGGCAAAGUGCCGCCAGACAGAUCCUCAUUGUAUGCCCUUACUGUUGAACUCAUGAGUUUGCCUGUAGCCAGGUGGUCAGUUCCACACAUGGGAGGAUGGUGGGUGUGCUCUCACACUGGGUUGACUCCCUGUGUACAUAGCUCCAUUUUUGAUCAAAAAGAAUUUUGUGUUAUGGUGGCUGUAAUACCAAAGAUACUGUAUCGACCAGAAGAAGCUGUAUAUGAUUAUUGGGCCCACAAAUUGACUCUUAAUCAACAAGAAAGAGCUUAUAAAGUUAAGAGAGAGCCCAUGACUGCCAUAACCAUAGCAACUAUGUUUGGUCUGGGAAUAGCCGGGGCCGGAACUGGAAUAACAGCUUUGUCCAUGCAAAGUCAAGGAUUUAACUCUUUAAGAGUGGCCAUAGAUGAAGACAUCACUCGUAUAGAACAGUCUAUUAGUCAUUUAGAGUCAUCUUUAACUUCCCUGUCUGAAGUAGUUUUGCAAAAUAGAAGAGGGCUAGAUCUAUUUCUGCAACAGUGGGGACUUUGUGCCGCCCUAGGAGAAGAAUGCUGUUUUUAUGCAGACCAUACUGGAAUAGUUAGGGAAUCCACGGCCAAAGUGAGAGAGGGGCUAGCCCAGCGUAAACGAGAGCAUGAGGCUCAACAGGGAUGGUUUGAGUCCUGGUUUCAACAAUCCCCCUGGCUGACUACUUUAAUCUCUACCCUGCUAGGACCCCUGAUAAUCCUUCUAAUAAUGCUUACGUUUGGCCCUUGUAUUAUCAAUAGACUUGUAGCCUUUGUAAAAGAACGCAUUAAUACAGUACAGCUGUUCGUGCUUCGGCAGCAGUAUCAAACAGUAUCUCAGGACCCAGAGGAGGAUUCCUCUGUAUGA